CACAUUUCAAAAACUGACUCCUUUGCCUCCCCUCCCCAUUUUACCUCAGUCGCACCGACGGUUCUGUACCCGCCACCAGCAACAGCAAUACGGGCGCCGCCAUCUUACAUGGUUCCUGGGUUAGUCACAUGAUUAGAAAGCCAGCGGAUGUGGCAUCAAUAACUUCCGGGAGCACCCUCUGAAACAAGCGGGAUAUGAAGGAAAAGCGCAAAUCGUAAGGGGGAGUCGGGAGUUUUGGGAUCAUCGCAGCUUUUACUCGUCGUUGGGAAGUUGAGCCGGAUUUGCUUUAACGUCCAAAGCGAAAUAGUGGCAUUUUUAUCGUAGGAUUGCCUUAAACUAAAGCAACAGCUGUUCUUCCCCUUGAGAUGAAGGAUGCCUUCAUCGUGCGAAUCCCGUUACGCCCAAGGUCGCUAUGGGUCGGAGCGGCUUGAUGGCACUUAACACACGCCCAAGCCCAACAACGGCUGGUCUCUUCCUUAUUUUUGCAGCACAUCCUCGGCAUACUUUGAAAUGAAGAUUGUUGAUCCUUCGGUGGUCCAUUAGGGAAAAAACUGACAAAAAAACGAAGGCAGAGAGCAGAUUAAUACCUUUUGAUUAGGUCCAAUCAAAUUGUCAUGGAUUUAUCAACAGGCUUUUGAGUUACUCGGAACUUUUUAUCAGUCGUUUUUCAAGACAAAAAUCAAGAGGGGGGGCGGGGAGGGUGAUAGAAAAGCCCCACAUCAUUAAUCUUGAGGUGGAGAAAAUGUAAUUCAGUAGUGUAUCUAGGAUGAAGAUAAACGAUAAUAUCCAAAGUCUUAUGAAUGUUAGUGAAACCCCAUUGAGUUCAACAGGAUUUGCUUUCAAAUAGCCAGAGACUCUGAGCUGGACCAUGCUAACUGUUCAAGUCAUCUUAGUAUUUAGAAUUGUUUUCCAGUCUGGAAGAAUGUUAGGGGGAGGACUGCUGCUUGCCUUCACCUGGGUGACUGUUGCUUAUGCUGGACUUUGCAAACCAGACAUGCAGAAUGCUGUCAAAGUGCGGCUAAGUAUUAAAAAAGCUUUGGGAGAAAAUGCAUAUACUUGGGAUUCUAGUGAAGAAUAUCUAUUUAAAGCAAUGGUGGCUUUUGCCAUGCGAAGAUAUUCCAUCCAACAAACAACACAAAUCUCCAAUGUGUUGCUCUGCAAUGUAACAGAUCGGAUAUCAUUUUGGUUCGUGAUCACUGAUUCAUCCACUAAUUCCACACCUAUUGCAAGGACUGAUGUAGAAGCAGCUAUAAGAAUGAAUAGAAACAGAAUCAACAGUGCCUUCUUACUAAAUGACAACACUCUGCAGUUCUUGGAAAUCCCACCAACUUUAGCACCACCAGUUGAACACUCUGUGCCAAUCUGGCUGAUUGUGUUUGGGGUUGUUCUUUGCAUCACUAUGGUUGGAAUUAUUUGCCUUGUAGUUUCAGGAAUCCAGCGCAAGAGGUAA